AUGGCUGGCGCAAAGAAGAAGAAGAAGCCGGCAGCCAAUCCGGCGCGAGGCUUUGCGACGACCUCUGUUGCGUCCAAGCCUCGCCUAGAAAUAGCAGAGCCGACAGGAUCUCAACCUUCUUCGGGUGUCAGCACCCCCAAGACUGCCCCUCCAGUUGGAUCAGAAGCAACCCCGCUAUCAUCGAAGCCAACCGUGGCGAGUGGCGAGCAAACAACAGCCAAAGAAGCCGUACUGAGCCCCGAAGAGUUCGAACGACAGCUUGAAGAAUCAGAACUGCAGCUGUUUGUAGAAAAAUACUCGCAGAAAGUCAAGCGAGAUGCUCAACGCCAGUGCUCUCGAUUGGAGACCGAUCGGCGCCUGCUUCGGAGCCAGGCUGAAACUAUCAACACGCCAAAAUGGCUGCCUCGGGAAUUGAUGGAUCAUAUCCUUGACCUGAUCAAGGCUGAAAGUCGCUUCUAUGCCUCUAGCCUUUCAUCCGAAAACGCUGGGCCUGGAAAGAUGCCGUCUGAAGAAGAGUUGGUAUCACGCAUCUGGACGUUGCAGCAGACGCUCUCCGGAGCCGCCUUUUCUGAAAAAAUCGUCGAAAGCGCUAUACAGCAUAUCUUGGAUAUCGCACCAAACAUAUCGGCUGCUCCUCGAGAUUAUAUAUGGGGUCUAGAAGAAGCUCUGGAAUGGCUCGCUCGUGAAUCUCCGCUUGAAGAUCUCCCCACGUACGGGACCAGGACCAAGGCAGUUUCCAAAGACGCUACCGAUAGUGCAUCUGGGCCCCCGUCUCGCACAAGCACCCCCAAGUUAAACGUAGCUCAAGCCGGUCGUACGGAGAAAGGCAAUGCACCAAAUACUCGCCCUGGCAAAGCCCGGGCAUCUCCAAUUGCUACAUUCGAUGGUGAUAUUGAGCCGGAGGAUUUGAUACCAGAAUACGUCGCCACAAAAGCAAAGUUACUCGAGCUUGGCCACCUGGAAAAAGGAGCGCAGUCCAAAUCCACCAAGCCGCAGGGCAAGGAAAAUGAGACGGACAUGGCAGCAGUGGCUUACCUGGAAUCCAAACUUAAGGCCAUAGAAUCUGAUGUUCUGUUUGACAAAUUCUUGGCAGAGCAACAAUGGAAGAAAGAGAAAGUUGUUUUGGAGAAGCAACUUGCUUUGGCUAGGAAGAGUGCUGCCACUGACUCAAACAGCCCGUCACAAUCUGAAGACCCCGCGCCACCAUUAGAAGCGGACGACGAUAUUACUGCUAUAGCUGAGAAGAUGGCUCAAGAGCUCCUCGCCGAGAGUAAUGAAGACGACGAUAUCGCAGGCUUAUUCGAAUCUCUCCCCCAGAGCGAAGUCGACCCGACCACAGGAAAGCUCCAGACGGUAGUAAACUCUUCAGACGGAGUAAAGCUUAUUAUUCGAGAAUUUUCCAAAUGGACAGGAGUCACCCCAAAACGAAUCUUGGAAGAUGCCUGUCGUUCUAGAGACCCAUCUGUCAAUAUCAAGUUUACAGUUGUUUCCGAGGCUAGUUUUGCUAACCGCCAUUCGGUGGAUAUUUUGUGGUCAAAGCCGCAGGACCCUGCCCAGAUUGUGGCCAGCGCGGACGUUGAAGCAGUGAUUGACCCUUCACACUUCAGGUUUACUAUGACCAAGGUUGCUACACCGGAUACGAAGCAAUCAGAGGCCUACAUUGCCACAGCGGCGCUAUUCCACAUAUUCAAUGGUAAUCCUAAGGAAGAGAAAGUUAACCUUAGGCUUCCAACUGUCUGGCGCGAUUUUUGGUCUGAGAUGGCUGAAGCCAAAAAGGGCCAUUUUGAUGCGCAAGAUCGAUUAGCCGUGAAACAACUCAAGGCUCUUGUCCGUCAAAGGCAGGAUCAAGAGCUUGAAGACGGCGUUGUUCUGCAGGGUGCGUUCCGGGGUCGCAAUAAUACCAAGGCUUCGCCAGAGGCUGCCGAAUCAGGACAUGUCGAGCGAUCAAAGAACAUUGAGAGCGACGACAAUUUGAAAAAGUUAUGGGCAUCGAAGUCGGGCAGGAAGAAAUAUGCAGCCAUGCUAGAAUAUCGAGUACAGCUUCCCAUGUGGAAAUUCAAAAACAAUGUUUUGGAUGCUGUAGAUAACAAUCAAGUUAUAAUUAUCUGCGGAGAAACCGGCUGCGGCAAAAGUACACAAGUCCCGGCGUUUUUGCUGGAGCAUGAGCUGUCACAAGGCAGACAAUGUAAAAUAUAUUGCACGGAGCCUCGUCGAAUUUCAGCCAUAUCCCUAGCUCGUCGGGUAAGCGAGGAGUUGGGCGACGAAAGGGGUGACUUGGGGACUUCUAGAUCCCUCGUUGGCUAUUCCAUCCGCCUUGAAUCAAACACGUCCAAAGAAACACGGCUUGUAUAUGCUACCACGGGAAUUGUUAUGAGAAUGCUUGAAGGUUCAAACGACCUUGGCGAAGUUACACACCUAGUACUCGACGAGGUCCAUGAACGCUCCAUUGAUAGCGAUUUCCUUCUUAUCGUUCUUAAGCGUCUCCUGAAACGCCGGAAAGACUUGAAGGUUAUCUUGAUGUCUGCUACUGUUGAUGCAGAGCGAUUUUCUGCAUACCUAGGUGGUGCGCCUGUUCUUAACGUCCCAGGAAGAACAUUCCCGGUCAUGGUCCGCUAUCUAGAAGAUGCUGUUGAGCUUACUGGCUAUACCCCCGCCAAUUCGGAAUCUGAUCGGCUUGUUGAUCUUGAUGACGAUGUAGGCGAGAUCGAAGUAGAGGGCUUGAAAACAGAAAUGGCACAGAGCCUCGCAGGCUAUUCAAACAGAACCAAGACGGUUCUCGCUCAGAUGAACGAAUACCAAAUCGACCUCGACCUUAUUGUGGAACUGAUCGCUCGAGUUUCUAUAGAUGAAUCACUACAGCAGUACAGUAAUGCAAUCCUGGUCUUUUUACCUGGAAUUGCAGACAUAAGAUCACUGAACGAUAUGCUAUUGGGAGACCCUCGGUUUUCCGCUGGCUGGCUUGUUUACCCUCUACACUCUACGAUCGCCAUGGAGGACCAAGAGGCAGCUUUUCUUGUACCACCUCAAGGCAUGCGAAAGAUCGUAUUGGCGACGAAUAUUGCAGAAACUGGAAUCACUAUUCCAGAUGUUACCUGUGUCAUCGACACGGGCAAACAUCGCGAAAUGAGAUUCGAUGAGAAGAAGCAGCUUUCCAGGCUGAUCGACACAUUCAUAUCAAGAGCCAAUGCAAAGCAACGAAGAGGGCGUGCUGGUCGUGUGCAGAAUGGACUAUGUUUCCACAUGUUCUCCCGGUACAGGCACGAUACACUUAUGAGUGAUCAGCAAACUCCGGAGAUGCUCCGGCUUUCUUUGCAAGACUUGGCGAUACGAGUCAAGAUCUGUAAGAUAGGCGGCAUCGAAGAGACACUAGGUGACGCUUUGGAUCCUCCCUCGGCAAAGAAUAUACGUCGGGCUGUUGACGCACUUGUGGAUGUGCGGGCCUUGACUGGCACAGAAGAUCUCACCCCUCUUGGUUAUCAAUUGGCAAGAUUGCCUCUGGAUGUUUUCUUGGGAAAACUCAUCCUCUUGGGAUGCGUAUUUAAAUGCCUAGACAUGGCCAUCACCGUCGCGGCAAUCUUAUCGUCCAAAUCGCCAUUUUCUGCUCCGUUCGGACAGCAGACGCAAGCAAAUAAUGCGAGAGCAGCUUUCCGCCGUGCAGACUCGGAUGUCCUUACAACUUACAAUGCAUAUGUAGCGUGGAAGCGAGUAUGCCAAGCGAAUGGAGGUUACGGAAAAGAAUUCCAAUUCUGCAGAAAGAACUAUCUCAAUCAGCAGACGCUCACCAACAUUGAAGAUCUAAAGGGGCAACUUUUGACGUCCCUGGCCGACUCCGGAUUUCUAUCCCUGACGGAGGAUGAGCGGCGAGCUUUAUUGAAGCUUCGAUUUUCUUCCGGUGGUCGCAGCCGUCGUCAGCAGCAAUUUGUCGAGGUACCCCAACGAGUCAACCUCAACAGCGAUAACGAUAUUGUAUCAACUUCCGUUAUUGCAUGGAGCUUCUACCCCAAGCUUCUCGUGAGAGAUGCACCAGGUUCCAAGGGGCUCCGCAAUAUAGGAAACAACCAAUCCAUUAGCCUUCACCCAAGCUCUGUCAAUCGAGGGCUGUUCGAGAUCAAAUGGCUAUCGUAUUAUACUAUAAUGCAAACCAAAUCGGUUUAUCGUGCACAUGAAACCAGUGCCACGGAACCUUUCUCGAUAGCACUGCUUUGUGGUGACGUACGCUGCGAUCUAUACUCUGGCGUUAUAGUGUUGGAUGGUAACCGGGGUCGUUUCGCCAUUCCGGAUUGGAAGACAAUGCUCGUCAUUAAAGUCUUGCGCACGCGGUUGCGAGAACUACUUACUAGAACCUUCAAGCAACCCGGCAAGCUGCUCACUGCACAGCAGGAGAAGUGGUUCGACGUGUGGCAGCGUCUAUUUUCCCAGGACUUCAACCAAGAUAAGAUUGUCAACACCGUCAGUCUCUAG